CGCCAUUUCUGUGACGCGCACUUGUGUUCAGAACUCGUCCAGUGACGACCGCCCUAAAAUUUUGACGUGGCUACUACGUAUCUCCCGUUUAUCCACUCCGAUUGCAGCAAGUUGGUGACGACGAAUACGUAACUGGUAUUUUAAAGUCAGGCCAUGGACGGGAUCGUGGAGGACGUGAAGUGUAAAGUGGAUCCUCUAUCUCUCGACCCACAAUCAGGAGUUCCCUCAUCGGUAGGCGUCACUAAUUCCCAGCCCCAUCUGGUGACAGCAACUAACAUUGUACAGCUGACCCUCCCUUCCCAUACGCAAGCACAGGUGCAAAGCGUCAUACAACCCAACCAACAAUCUGUCAUACAAACGGCUGCGAAUCUACAACCCAUGCUAAGUAAAGGAAACGUGAUAUUGGUCAGCAGUAAACCUAAUUCUGUUAUACAGACUACCCAAGGAAAUUUACAGACAUUGAGAGUGGUAGAGGCAGGGAGCGACGAUAGUUAUUCCGAAGAAGAAUCUCCAAAGAAACGCAGGGACUUGCUGACGAGGAGGCCAUCUUAUAGGAAGAUCCUGAAUGAUUUAGGCGGGGGUGAGAUAGCUGAAGGGAAAAUCGAGCAAACUUCUUCAGAGGCAGAUAGUGAGCUGUCGUCUCACUCUAUCCCAUACCACACAGUGCUACCAGCAACCGCUCUUCAGAUUACUAGUGGUGAAGGUGGACAUCAGGGUAUUCAAACAUUAACAAUGACUAAUGCGACUGCAGGUGGCGCCAUCGUACAAUACGCUCAAGGGCAAGAAUUUUUUGUACCUGUGGUAGCACAAAGCGGAAAUCUCUCAGGAAGUGGUGGAGAGGACCAAGCACGCAAGCGAGAAAUGCGACUAUUGAAGAAUCGAGAAGCGGCUCGCGAAUGUCGAAGAAAAAAGAAAGAGUAUAUAAAGUGUCUUGAAAAUAGGGUAGCGGUGCUCGAAAAUCAAAAUAAGGCCCUAAUAGACGAAUUAAAAUCAUUAAAAGAAUUAUAUUGUCAACAGAAAAGCGAAUGAGGAUCACCGACGUGUACAUUACAGGUGAAGGACUGAGUUUAAAAUAUGUUGUGUGGGAAUUGAAACAAGAUGGUGGCAGAUUUGUGCAAUGUCAACAAGAGUAUUGUUUUAGGUAUACAGAGGUGCAUUUUAUUGAAUUGUUUCGAAUUUUGAGGAAAAAAAUGUUGGAAAUGUAUUUCUACUAAGCAGGAUAAGCAAAACAACUAUUUCGAAUCCUAAGAAAGGAAAUAUCCAUUUUUUCACAAAUGUGGUCCAGAGGUAUUGAAGUAUGUAUGUACUCGCUCUAAGCUGAACCACAAAAUUUUUAUUAAAAACAAUUAAAGAAUAAAAUAUUGGAUGCGUUUCGGCCUCACAAGAGUCAUCACCAGCAUUUACAGGAACAAACAUCAACAGGAAGGAAGAAGAAUUAAUUAGGCUCAAUCGAGUAAAAGACACAUACACAUUAAGGUUUAGUUAAAAUUGUUCCACUGGUUCACAGUAUUGUGCUUCUAGAAAAUGGUUGGUAGAAAAAUCGAUUCAAUUAAUCAUCAUUUUUCUAACAUCCGCUUUCCAGAAUUAAAAAAAUGUGAACCAGUACAACAAUUUUAAUUCAAUUUUAAUUUGUAUGUGUAUUUUACUUGAUUCUUCUUCCUUCCUUUUGGUAAGUUUGAUCCUGCAAUUGCUGAUGAUGGGUCGUGUUGGGCCGAAACGCCUCCAAUAUUUUAACCUUUGUUUUUAAUAAAAAUUUUAUGCAUUAAAAAUGUAUAAACAUUUUCAAUUUCGUUGCAACCCGAAAAUGAAGCAGCAGUAUAUUCUAGUUCAAUCAGAGAGUGCAGGAAGAGUCUAUACCGGUUUCGGGGCUUUUUUGUCCUUCAUCAGUAGGCCCAUAUCCUCUUCUCUCCGAUUGAACCAGGAUACCUUGACGCGUGCCGUCCCAGUGGUCUUAUUUUCGAAUUCAUUCGAGCAUAUUUCGCAUACGAAAUUAGAAUUUCGCUUGAAAUCCGGUGUCUUGUAUUUUCGAAUACUUCGUGUAAGAAUUUUUUCGUAUACGACGACUCGAAUGGGUAUGAACCAUUCGAAUCGUGAUGCUCGUAUACGAAUUAUUGUUGUCAUUUCAAGGUCAUUUCAGCUGUCAUGAUAGUUUUAGCUGAUAGUGUUAAUUGUGUUGUUCUAUACAAUAUUUUUACAUUGAAAUUUAUUUUCAAUGGCUGGUUUAAAUAAUUCUUUAAUAGAAAGAAAGGACAUGUACGAUUAUGCCUUGAAAAUAUAACCUAACCUAACUUUAUGUACGCAUUUUAGCAUAGACGGCCGGAGUGUGACGUCACAGCCAACCGCGGCUAUAUUCAAUGUAAAGUUGGAUUUAUAGUUUGAUGUAGCGUAGACAUAGACGCAACGGAGACGUAAGAAACGGACUGGAGACGUGAGAAAAUAAAAUGUCAAUUUAUAAUUCGACGUAGCGGAAUUUUUGCGCAUGAAUAGAAACAAGAAACAAUGACCUAAUUCAACAACAUAGCCUAUAAAUUAUACGAACCGUAAACAAACUUUGUGUUUAUUUAUUUAUAAUAUUAUUUAUUAUAAUAUUUAUCCGUUUUGUGUGUUACAAUGGAUUAGGAAAUAAAAAGGUAUGCUCGCUUGGUGCCGUGGAAUUUCCAACUACGCUGUUUCAUUUCCUGGUCUUUAAAAUGUUCAUUGGAUUUAAUUAUUGUAUGUGUAUGGAUAACCCCGAAUACAGACUAAUAAAUAAACAACUUAUAUUUAUCUGAAAUAUUGAAACUACACUAUGAUAUAUUUUUAUUAAAUUAAUAACUUAACAUCCAUUGUAUUUAACAAAUAAUUAACAAAAUUCGAAUAUGUUGACAAACAACUUUUUACAAAAGGGAUUAGGGGGCGGGCCCACUUUGAGUGACAGAACAAAAUUAUUCUUCCUUAUGAUUGGCCAGACGUAAGAAACGCACUGUAAAAGAUGAAAGUUGGUCAUCUCUUCCGUUCCGUUACGUUUUUCUUACGUUCCGUCAGGCGCUUGCGUUCAUUUAUAAACACGAGUACACAAAAUUCGGUGUUGAUCUUUUACAGUGCGUCUCCGUUGCGUCUACGUCUACGCUACGUCAAACUAGAAAUCCGACUUUAUGAUGAUCACUUUCCAAACAAAGAUUGUAAACACGUUGAAAAGUAAGGUUUUACCGAAUCUCAAGACUUUUUAAUUAGUAUAAAAUCUAAAAAAAAAAUAAAAUAAAAUAUAAAAUUUCUAAAAAUCAAAUAAAUUCUAACCUUACUUCACCCAUACAUACAUUUUAUUGCUAUUUAUAUAAAACAUCAUGCUUUAUUAUUUACACAACCUUGUAAAAUUGUUGUAGUAACUAUAAUAAUACUUACAUAUUAUUGCAAAAAACAGAAAUAUUCUCUGUAAAAACUGAAAAAACAAUAAAAAAUACAAAUUUGCCACACUAAACAACAUUUGUUUGGAAAGGUUUGGAAAAAUCUGACAUGACAUAUGUCAAUAAAAAUUGACACUUCUACGUCAUCACUCCGGCCGUCCAUUGGAUCUAAGCUCCAAACUUGACAUAUGACACCGUUGCCAUAUCCUCAAUUUUUUCAUAUACUAUCACAUUACAUAAACAAAAUAGCACACUUUCUGCGGACUUUGCAAAUCGAUAUUACUAGUAUACCUAUGCAAUCUUAAGAUUCGAUUACACUUAAAAUAACUGCUAAACAACUUUUCCCAAAAAUGGCCUUUUUUAUAAUUUGUUCAGACUAUGUCUUUAUCUUUAUGUAUUAAACGUUCUUAUACAAUCUUCUUAUACAUUAUAACCCCAGUAUAUAUAACAAAUAUAACAUUUUGUUUUUAAUACUGCGAUUAUACCCUUGAUUGAAAUUAUACAAGAAAUAGACCAAAAAAGUAUGGCAACAUUGUGACUCUUCAGAUGACAAAUAAGUUCAAUGUUAUUCGAAGUUGCAGUGUUGCCGGUGCAAAUUCUGCUCGUAUACGUAUAACAUUUCGAAGGACGUUCAAAAAUACACAUUCACGUUCGUAUACGAAAUUUUUCAUUCGAGUUAACUCGUAUUCGAAAAUAUUCGAUUGAAUUCGAAAAUACGACCCCAGAUUGCAACGAACGAAAUGGCUCGGAUGUCGUAGCGACAUCUGCUAAGAAACAAACUAAGUUCUCAGAACGAUAUUUAUUGUCGGUUUAUGUAUUACUAGAUUGAGAACUUAGUUUAAAAAAUUUUAUGGUUCAUCUUAGAGUGAGUACUUCAUUACUAUUUAUAAUUGUUGAAACGUCUCCAUUGUGAUUACAGUAUAAGCUGGGACGAUUUGUCUUGUUUGUAUAAUAAAUUUUGGAAACUAUAUUUACGUCUUAUCCACUUUUUUAAACUAAGUUUCACUAACAUACGUUCAUCAUGUUUAUAACUGUUGUCAAUGGUGAAGAAUUGUAUAAAAUUUAUUUUUUUAAUGAUAAUAAUUAAACACAAAAGUGUGAUACUAGUAUGUAGCAUCUUAUCUUUGAGACAUCUUUGAAUCAAACUCAUUUUGAACACAAUAGUUGAAUUUGUGGUAGUGGACUUGUAAGUGUAGUUUCCUUUAAUGUCACAUUCAGGCCUAUUGCAAGACGCUUUGAAACCACAUAGUGAAGUUUUUGUUCUAUCACUAGUUUGUUAAUAACUAUUUGCAUGAAGAAUAACUAGUUUCACUAAAGCAUCAAUAUGUUGUUAAAUUUGACAAAUAUUUCUGUUUGUAUAGUUGUAUAUAAUUUACACAGAAAAUUGGUCAUUUGUAUAAGGUACAUAUUAACUUUGUUAUGUAUAGGACAUGAUAUUCAUCAAAAUAUUUAUUUUUAUGACUUAUAUUAAUGUCAUUAAUAUUUGUUUUGUCAACUAUUCUAACAUUAAGUACAUUAUUUGCUUAUUCUGCUUACCUUUGUUUGGUUACUCAGGUCUUUUUAUUCUUUAUGAGCCACUUUUUUAGAACCUUGAGAAGGUUCAGUUUUAGAAAUUUUUGAUACAGCAAUCUUAAGCAUGAGUAGUGAAAAAACUAGCAGAACUCUGGUGUAUUGUUUAUUUCAAAUAACCUGACAAAUCUUAGGCCACAGUAUAAUGCUACAAUCAGUAGGGCCACUCCAAAAUCUUUGUUCUCUUUGUUCCAUUUUGGUGACGGCGCAUCAAAAAUUUUAGUAAUUUGCGCAGAUGAAUGACAAUUAACGGCAUCCUACGUUUGCCGUGAUUGGUCGUUAUCGUCGCACGUUAUAUUUCUGCCAGUGCAGUUCUUUCCAGAUCAACUCUCCGGUAGAACUGCCUUUCUGUUGUGGUGACGCUUCUUUUAUAAUCAAGUAUAUUCAAAUUAAAAAAAAAAAAGAAAUUUUUUUUUUUUUUUUGUAUUUUGACAACGACACCCGACUUGGGCGUCGAAACGUUAAUAAAAUCAUUUUUAGGUAAAAUUGUGGCUUAUUUCCCAUUUGAAUAUACUUGAUUAUAAAAAUGCCACAAGAAAAUAGCUUCAGAACGACGCUUCUUUUGUAUCAUUCUAGGUGAUCCUUUUAACAGUCGUCACCGUUACAAGACAUAAGUAAAUCUGUUUUCUGUUUAAUUAGCCGAUUACUUGCUUGCCAUUUUAUUUGAAAUGAACAGCGAGUGGGUUGUAUUCUGUAACAUUUCCGUUAAAUUUAAGAGGCCUCUAAAAUUUAACUUUUAACGGUCCUCUAAAACUUUUAGGUUAGAUUGACAUUCUGUAUGAGAAUUAGAAUCCUCUAAAAGGUUUUAAAAUAAAUACGGCAACGUCGCACGUUUUGCGUUUUGAACUACUUUUAGCCUAGAAAUUGGCCGAAAACUGACUGUCAGAAGCCAAAAAUCUUAAGAAAGAAGAUGAAAUUGACAGUUUGCUAGAAAAUAAUAUUUUAUUUAAUUAUUUUUUAGUAAAACUCAUAUUUUCUAAUUAGACAUUUUUAUUAAUAAAGUUAUAAGUACAUUAAAAUAUUGCUGAAAAAUUGCAUAUUGUAUUUCUUCUCCCCUUCUACACUAAUUUUGGUCAAAUGGUCUAUUUUCAAUUACAUUAAGGUCAUCUACCUCAUCUGCAUCUGGUUCUAAACCUUCUGGAACAUCAUCUUUAUAAACAUUUGAUACGUUUUGUACUGUUCCACAAUAAUUUUAAAUAAUUUUACCUGCAUUGAUAGGAUUUAAUUGCUUUGACAAACAUCUUGAUUUUUUUUUCAAAUUUUCAGAUUUUUUUUUCAUAAAACACUUUUUCAAUCACAUUUCUAGGUAGGUAGGUACCUACUUUCUUUGAAAUGGUAAUUGUAGUUACUUUCAGGUCAAUUACUUUUUAUUGUAAUCUGAAUUGAGCUCUACGAAAAGAAACAAAAAUUUGAAUUUUGUUAUAAUAUGUAGGUGUAGUGUGUCGAUUGUAAAGUAACUGAGACUUAAUUUUCAUUAUUAUUUAUUAUUUCUUCACCAAAUACAUUAUAAAAAGCCAUUUGCCAUUUUUAAAUGUUUAUCUCCAUUAUAAUACAUAAAUAAGAAACUACUAUUCAUAUAAACAUAACCAAACAAAAACAAUCAAACCACAUUUAACGGACUGCUAAAAAUUUGGCGGGUACUUUUGACAUCCUCUAAAAUAUUUUUAUUUAGCGGGAGAUUUAACGGUUUAGGUUAUUAUUUUAACGGAUCUAUAAUUUACAGAAUACCAAAAUAUUUUUAGCGAUCGCUAAAAUUUUAGAGGCCUCUAAAAUUUAAAGGAAGUGUUACAGAAUACACCACAGUAUAGUACACUAUGUUUUAAACUGUUUCAUAUAAAGCUUGUAUGAUCAAGUGGUGUCGAAAGAAUUGGAAAGAUAAAAACCGAACUCGAGAAAGUUCUAAGUCCAAACUUGCUCAAAUACAAGGAAAUAUUAUUUUUGGCUACUAACCAAAGAUAUUGGUCGUUUAAGAUAGAUUUGUUAAAUCCGCUUUUUCCAACAAUCAUGAACUGUCGCAUUUUUGGUGAUCUGAUAAAUAUCUAAAGUAUUUUUGUACAAUUUAGGAUAUAUAUGUAAUAUAAACUUAUUUAUAUUUAAAAAAAAAUUGUGGCAUCGGGCAUGGAUUUUAAAAAUUAAGUUAUGUGGGUCUCGAGUGAAUAAAAAUCCAUGCCAAGUAAGUUUUAUUAUUAUGACGAGAAAUAUUAUGUAGGAUUAUCAAAUUUUGGGCUUUAUAUUACUAAAUUAUUAUUAUUAUUUUCCUAAAAUAUUACAAAAAUGACAAACAGCUAUUUAUUUUUAAUAUUUUUACUUUAAAUUGGAGAAGUCGUCAAAUUAUAAUUUUAAAAUAAACAUUUUACUGCAUAUUUUACAUGUUUUUUAAAUUACAUUUUGACAAGGGCUUGCCUUGGUAUUCGAAAUAAUAAGUAUACAGGGUGCCCAGAAACUCUCCUGACAAACGAAGGCCGGUGAUUCCUCAGAUAAUUAACAAUUUAACCCAAUUUACCAAGUCCGAAAAUGCUUGUACUAAGUGAGCUAGAGCUCUUUGAAGAUGGCGAUGGCGCCUUGUAAUAAGUUUUUUUUGUAAAUAACUCCAGAACGUUUCUAUUUAGAAAAACACAAACUGGUACACUUAUUUAUCUUCCAGAGAUAAAUCAAUCCCAUCAAUUGCGAAUUUCAGCGAAAGGCAAUAGCCAACUUUUUUGUCUUUUAACUUCUUUGACACAAGAUUAUUAAAUUGUGAGAGAUUCUAGUACUAAAAGUUCAGUCAAUAGAAUAGCCAAUUUUCUAGAAAAAUCUAUUUGAAAAUUUUUCGUUUUUUGAAUUUGAAAACAAGAAAUUAAAAAAAAACGUAUUUUACGGAUUUUAAGCAAGAGGAACUUUUACUACUAGAAUACCUCGCAAUUUAACAAUUUACGAGUCAAAAUGCGUAUAAAAAUUAAAGACAAAAAGUUAUGCGAUAAAAUUUUACCUAAUUAUUUUGUCUUUAAUUUUUAGGCAUUUUUUACUCUAAAUUGUAAGGUUUUCUUAAGAGUACUAAAAUUGUAUCUUGCUUAAAGUCCGUAAAAUACAUUGUUUCUUUUUUGAAAAUUUUUUUCAAAUUGAAAAAAUGAAAAAUUUUCUAGAAAACGGUGUAUUCUACUGACUUAAGGCAAGAGUAUCUUUUAGUUCUAGAAUACCUCACAAAUUAAUAAUCCGGUGUUAUAAAUGCUUAAAAGUUAAAGACAAAAAGGUUAUGCGAUAAAAUAACCGUUGACCCAACUUUUUUCCUUAGGUUUUAAUCAUUUUUGACUAUAAAUUGUUAAUUUGUGAGGUAUUCUAGUACUAAAAGUGCUUCCUUAAGUGCGUAAUAAAAUACACCGUUUAUAUUCUGAAAAUUUUUUUCAAACUCAAAAGACGAAAAAUUUUCAAAUCAAUGUUUCUAGAAAACUGUGUAUCCUACCGACUUGAAACAAGAGUACCUUUUAAAACCAUAAUACCUCACAAUUUAAUAAUCUAGUGUCAAAGAUGCUUAAAAGUUAUGAGAUAAAAUAACUAUUGCUCUUCCCUAAAACGAACGCCUAUGACCGGUACUAAAAAUUCUCAAUGGAUGAGAUCGAUUUAUCUCUAGAAGAUAAAUAAGUGUACCAGUGUUCGUUUUUCUAAAUAAAAGCGGUCUGGAGUUAUUUAAAAAAACUAAUUACAAGGAGCCAUCUUCAAAGAGCUCUACCUUCCUUAGGCAGCAUUUUCGGACUAGGUAAAUUGGGUUAAAUUGCCUUCAAAUUAUCUGAGGAAUCUCAAGUCUUCGUUUGACAGGAGAGUUUCUGGACACCCUGUAUAGGAUUUAUUUCAGUGUAAAAAUUUUGUUCAGUUCGACGACACGUACCUACUUGUUUAAUUUGUCAUUUUUAAAGCCCAAAAUUGGUUAUUCUAUAAAGUUUACUUAAAAAUUUGAUACAUUGUGAAAUGCAAAAAAUAUUUUUUGUGCAACUUAAUAAAAAUAGCAUCGAGGAGGAGGAAAGAAGGCUUGUGAACAUGAAAUGUUGUAAAUUUCUUUAAAGAAAUUGUUGUAAAUAUUUUGUAAGGUGUAUAAAAAAACAUAACUAUUUAAGAUAGUCUUCGUACCUUCAAAAAAUCAUUAUUUUAAUGCGUUAUAUAGAUGUCAAACUGUCAAUCUGAAUAUUCUUUGUAACAAUUAUUAAGACUCAUAAAAAUCAAAGUCAAUUUUUGGUUUUUCGUAAUAAAUUCGUUGCAGUAAUGACAAAAUAGCAUGCCAUUAUAAAUUAAUAUCUCUCUAUUGUAGUUCUAGUAUUCUAUUCUUGAAUAUACAACAAAUAUUGAAUAAAUCACCUCUUAGACGGAUUCAUCAUUCUUUAUUUUUUUGAGUUAAAAUAUUAAUUUGAGUAGAAAUUUUGAUUCACGGUGUUUUAGGUUUGUUUAUAUCAAUACUUUGUAUUAUUCAGAAAAAUACUUAUUACAACUCUGUACAGCACGCCCAGAAUACCAAUAGACGUGAGCUGCACGCAAAUCAAAGGAGGGAUGCAGAAUUCAUUUGUGGCUUAAAUUACAGGGUUGCCACUACCCCAACAAAUAUUGACUGAUUUCUUUGUGUGUCCAGAAUUGUUUUUACAUGAAUCAUUGUUUUCCAAAAUGACCCAAUAAUAAUUCCAAAUAAUAAAAAGGAAUUACAUAAAAUUAUUUAAUAUUAUUAAAUCUCCAUCGAAAAUUGGUUGAAACAUCAAUUUAAAUAAAACCAAAGUGAUGACAAAUCAAAAUAUCACAAUCGACUGUAUGCGAAGGAAGUGAGAUCGAAAUUGUCUAUAUAUCAGGCAUUGAUGCCCCUAGGACACAAGGGGUGUAAGUAACAAUUUCUAGAAAAUUGGGUUAAAUACAAAGGACUCCCAAACGCAUAUAAAACAUGGUGGCUUCAAACUUUCUACAUAAACUAACAAUAACAUGAUCAAAAAUAACAUAUAAUUGAAAAAAUGCUAAGUAGUAGUUACCUGGAUUUUCAAAUUUGUCUGGAACUGAACAAAGUUUUCUGAAAACUUGGCACUUACACUCCUUUGUCCUAGGGGCGUCAUAAGAUGUACUUGGGUCACUUGAUUAAACUAGGCAAACAUAAUAUAACUAUUCCGGUAGGUGUGUGUGACGGAAUUAAUUAAAAAUAAUAAAAAUAAGUGUAACGACGAACAGUAAUAUAUUUAUUUAUUUUGGGUGAACAAGCGGUGUGUUUGCUUAUAUCUCGAAAGAGUGUUGAUUGUCAGCGAGCCGAGGGUUGGUCUGCAUCGUUUGCAUGCUGUGAAGUGACUGACUUGCCGGACCACCAACUUUGUGUCAACUGGUUUUGCGGUUUUGCUAUAAUGGCCAGAUGGCCCAUAAAUUACUGCCUCUGCAGAAGCUUUUUUGUAUUUUAUAGUUGACAUAAAGAGUGUGGCGAUCUGGGGCAUCGUAACCUAUUAGUGUUUCCUUGAAAGAAACAUUAAUCUUACACAAUAUGUUUAAGGGAUAACCUUUCGUUUCUCGAAAUCAACGGCAUAUGGUUUGUAUAUCACAUGUGGAUUUUAAAUGACCAAUUUCGUUUUGAGAAAAGUUAUUAAAAAUUAAGAAAAUAAAAUUAGCAAAAAUAGUAAUUAAAGCGUACCGCUAUAUAACUGCAGAGAUAACUAGAAGAAUUCGAUUGACUUGGACAGCAGUAUUAUGUUGAAAAACAAAAGGUACCAAUAAAUCUAAAGAAAAGGGUAUUCUACCAUUUAUGACCUAUGGAAUGGAGGAAUGGAACAACACAGAGGACCAUCGAGCGAUCUAUGUUAGGAGUAUCUGUGAGAGAACAUAUACGAAAUGAGGAGAUGCGAAAUAAGACGAAGGUGGAAGAUGUAAUUGCAUUAAUUGUGCAAAUGAAAUUGAACUGGGUAGGACACGUGGCACGGCAAAACAACGAAAGGUGGACGAGAAACAUUGUACAUUUGAGACCACGCGAGCACAGUCAUAGUAGAGGAAGACCACAAAAAUGAUGGCUAGACGAAAUCAAAGCAAAAGUGGGAAGAAACUAGAACCUAAUAGCACAAAACAGAAAAUAGUGGAGAACAGAGUGGGUGCAGCCAGGCUGAAAAAGAAGAGAAGAAGUCAUGGGUAAUAGUUUGAUAAAUAUUUUAAUGGUAAGUAAAAUAUUUGAUUUGCCUUCGCAAAACAGUUUAUUUACUUCUAAGAUUCGUCAUCGUAAUACGUCUAUUAAUGAAUGACAGUUUAGUAGAGGAAAGUAACCAAAUAUGGAAUAGUGUCCUAAUAUGUAAUUCCUUGAUUUCUCCGAAAAUAUAAGUUGGAAGCACACUACAAUACCAUCCUUUAUUUCAGUCGCUCUCUUUAUUGUCGUAUCCACACCUCUGUAUCAGAUGCGCGAACGAUACGUGUCUGGCAGGCGCGUUUUGUUUUAUCGUCUCGCAGAAAAUUUCUAAGGUAAAUAUAUUCAACGGGUAUUAUUGGUUAUUAUGCAGGAAUACAGACUUGUUAUGCUAUUGAGUAUAUCGAUACUACCUUUAUUUAAAUAUUUUAUGACCUUCUGUAAUUAAAACAUUACGACUUGAAAAAAUGUUGAUACUAGUUUGAACUAAUGUACAAAUCCAAAUAUGGACAGUCGUUGGUGCCUAAUUAUGGAAUAGUGGAUGAAGUGCAUACUGUGUGGGCUCAUUAUGAUUGUGCUGGUCCAGAGUUUCAUACAUGGAUCUGUGAUGUCUACAAGUGAAUUACGCUACUUCUUUCAUUUUUCACAAUUUUCUUAUUUAAAUUUAUUUGAUCUCAGAUGUUUAUGUCUAUUUUUGUUUUUGAUAUGUUGGUUUAUGCCUAUAUUCCAUAUUUGGUUACUCAUUUGGGAUUUUGUUUUUUUGUUUGUUAAUUAAGAUAUUUAAUAGAAGUAAUUACUACAUAAAACUGUAUGACUGAUUUGUCAUAACAUUAAAGUGUUUUCAUUUCUAUAAAGGUAUUUAUUUAUAUCCCCAAAACAAAAUGGUAUUCCAUAAUUGGCGACUUUCCUCUAAUUUAUGCAACGGAUAAACAAUUUAUUCUAGAUGUUUUCUAUGAAUGUACUUUUACACAUGUUUGCAGUUUGACAUGUAUUAUGUGAGACGCGCCUACCAUUUUUUAGAUUUUUUGAAGAGUGCUUGAAGUCCAGACCUGCAGAGUGCCUUCUAGAUUUAUUAAAAAUAUGUGUAUUUCGUAACAUUUUGUUUAAAUUAAGUAGUGCCAUUUGAAUUGUGAAGAAUCUAAAACUGUAUGAAUGCUACGAUCUACACUGAAAGGUUUUAUCUUUUGUUUUGUAUUUCAACGAAAAUUAAUAAUUAUCGAGAACUGUUUUUAUUUUACAAAUAAAUAAUAUAUUGGUAUUUAACGAUACUGAUAAUUUUAGUGAUAUUAUCCUACAAAUAAAGUAUAUAAAGCUCCACUAAAUACUUUUUAUGGAAUUAAGGGGGGACUCUGGUAGAAUUAUCUUAUUUUUAAAUUAAAUAAACAUAUUCAAUACAAUUCAAAGAAAAUCAAGACAAAAUAUUGAAAAAUAAGUCAAUGGUGGCAAAUUUUUGCAGACACCUCCAAAAAAAAUUGCUUUUGCGGUGGACAUCAGAACUCAUUACAUCGUUGGAUCAUGUGAAACAAAAAAUGCAAAAAGAUUUUGUUAGCUUAUGAGGUUUCUCGAGAUAACGCUGUCGAGUUUUUUGGUUUUAAAGAUUUUUGAGAUUUUGGUAUCGUUCCGAAGUCAAAAUAACGAAUAUUUUUGUAAAAAAAAGUUAAAAUCAACAUAAUAUUUAUUAUUAUUAAACAAAAAAUAAGUAUAAAACAAAAAAUAUAUUGACAGCAUUACCUCACGAAAUGUCUAAAGAACAUCUGCAAAAUUUCAGGUGGAUCGGUCAAGUAGUUUUUGAGUUGUCCACCGCCUUUGAAAAAAAGCAAAGCAGUUUUGAAAAAAGCGCAUUAAAAGAUUUGGCAAAUUUUAUUUUCGAUUUCUUUUUUGUCUGUAAUCGUAAAGUGAUGCACACCGGAAUAUGUUUUGAAUCGCGGAGUAAUUACAAAAGAGAAGGGGAACAGCUGUUGAACGUUUCUCACUACGAUCAAGCGCGAGGCUGCUUUAAAGCGUGGCGAAGACGAUUCAACGUGCUGUAUUUCCGGUAAUCUUGCUCGGAUCAACUUGAAAUUUUCAGAGUGUAUUCUUGAAGUUAUGUAGUUAUGAAAUGUUUUUAAACCACGCCUCCCCUUAAGCAAACUGAAAGAAGGACUUAUAAAUAAGGAUAAAAGAAAAAACAGUGGAACCGUUAUAAUAAUGAGAUUAAAAAAAAUAAUGUGUGUGUACUUUGUACGCCCGUAAGAAGUUAUACUUCUAUUAUAAUAUAAUCUAACUUCAUAUUAUGAUUUCAACGAAAUCAAUAUACCUAUCUACUUUAAAAAGUUUUUUUGUAUUGUAUUUAAAUAUAAACUAAUUUUAGAAAGAACAAAAAGAAUACCAAAAAUUAAAAUAAAAAAAAAGAUAUGACUUUGUCAGGAUUCGAACAGGGGACCUCUCGAUCCCUAGGCUAAUGCUCUACCGAUCAGCUACCAUCGCUUUUGUAUUCAGUCGAUCAUUUCUCGGACAUAAUUACAAUCACGUUGACAGAUACAUUAAUUGAAAAUAAACAUUUUCAAUAAUACUUAUAAGGAGGAAGACAAAUCCACAGACAUAAAAAUUAUAAUAAAUAUAUUUACUAAAAACACUAAUAAUAUAUUCUUUUCACGCACACCUUAUUUGCGCUACAUAACUUAAAAACUGUAGCGACUAAUACCAUACUGUCGGUGUGCGCAUGCAUCAGAGAAUGUAAAAAUUCACCCUCAUGUCUAAAGAAGUAUAACUUCAAAAAAUUUGAUGGACCAGCUUAUCCACUUUUGUAAGUAGCCCAAAUUUUCUAAAAAAUUGCCUCUUAUCCCUUCAUCAUCAAAAAAAUCUAGUAGAUGAGCCAAAUUAGUUAUUGACUGCAAUUAUACAAUGUGUGGUGUUGAUAGGCAAUCAGCCGUGUGAUGAAUUACCGAAGUUAUUUUUAUCGUUUGCGUUAAAGCUAACAUAACUAUAACAUAUAAUUAUCUCCAUAACUAUAAAACGUAAAUUCGGUGUGAUGGAUUAGUGAUGUAACGAAUAUUCGUAUUCGCAUUCGCGAAUAUUUGCAUAUUCGUAUUCGCAUUCGCGAAAUUUGUGCGAAUGUUUUGCGAGUAUGAAUAUCAGAAAAAAAAAUAAUUUGAAGAUAACAUUAGGUUAAUAAAAUCAAAAUCUAUCCACUUCUUAACAUCUUUUUUAUUAAGAAAAGGUAACAACCUCGUAUAAUCACAUUAUCAACCUUCACUUUAUUUUAUUAUUUGGUAUUAUGCAAUAAAGCUUAAGAUUCAGUUUGAUUUACACUAAAUAUCAAUUAAUUUCUCAUUAUAAAUUUAGAAAACACUACAAAAAUAGAUUUUUUUUUAAACUGAAUAUUCGCAUUCGUAUCCGCAUUCGCGAAUGUAGGUAGCAGAUAUUCGUAUUCGCGAAUGUUUAAAAAAUGACAUUCGUUACAUCACUAUGAUGGAUCAUCCACCGUUAUGAGAUGAGUUAUUUCUUAGACGUUAUGGACGGAAGAAAAAUUAAGUUGUCUAAAAAGAGAACCUUAUGUAUAAUCAGUAUAAGUUGGAGCGAGAAAGAGAAUCACGAGAAGUUGGUAUACCUACGUACCGGCGAACAGCUGUUCGCUGUAGUUCGGUGGUAAAUCGUAAAAGUAGAUAGAAAGAAGUACUUAUACUAAAUUUAAAUUCAAGAUGCAGUAGAAAUAAACAAACCAAGAGACGUUAAAUGCUACUAGGAGCAGUCCCGAAUCAUAAUUUACAAUGUAUAAACUUUGGAAUGUAUAUAGGUACAUUGUAAAUUACGAUUCGGGAGUGCUCCUAGUAGCAUUUAACGUCUCUUGGUUUGUUUAUUUCUACUGCAUCUUGAUUGUAAAUUUAGUAUAAAACGCUUGAAUUUGGAUGUUUAUAAAUAGAAAUUUCAAUUUGUCUCUCGAUUUGACUUUUGUAUAAUUUUUUAAAUUGCACCCUUCUAUUUUUAAAUUAUUAGCUUUUAUUUUUAUUAUUGUUUUAAUUUUAUUACCUACGUGUUUUUAAUUGUUGUCUUAGGUGUAUGUUUUUGAUCAUUUUGUGCUGCUUUAUAUUUGAUAUUAAAUUUGAUUUAUUAAAAAUAAAAUGCUGCACAAGGUCCUGGGACAACCUGAAGUUAUAUAUAUUCUAAGUUCUUAUUCUACGUUAAAUAUUCACUUGAUCUCUUAAAAACAAAUCAAAACAUAAACCUAACCUUACAAUCCUUAACAUAACUACAGAGUUAUCUCAUAACUUGAGGUUUAACGUCGCGUUAUAAAGUGACAGUUGAUAUAUCAGAUAACUUAAGAACUGUCAAGAAAUAAGGCAAGUAGUUAAGUUAAAUAUGAUACAUCACACCAAUUCGAGGAUUAUAACUUAACUACAGGAUAACUUCGGUCAUCCAUCACAGGGCUGAAUGUUAACACAUCCAUGACUAUCCCAUGGCUUUAAAGAGGGGAUAGAAAUUAAGUGUCAGAGGGAAAACGAUGAAUGUCAAUGUUUGGUCAUUUUGCGAUUUUUGUGCAGUCUGUUAGCUUAGAAAGAGUACUAUCAACCUGUGAAUGGCCAAGGGGAAAUAACGAUGAGAAUUGUCUUAAAAACACGUCACAAGAUUGGAUGCAAGGGGAAAAACAAUGAAUAUUGGGAAGGUUUUUUUGGCAAAUUUUAUUUUCGAUUUCUUUUGUCUAUCAAAUCGUAAAGUGGUGCAGAUCAGAAUAUGUUUUGAAUCGCGGAGUAAUUUACAAAAGAGAAGAGGAACAGCUGUUGAACGUUUCUCACUACGAUCAAGCGCGAAGCUGCUUUAAAGCGUGGCGAAGGCGAAUCAACAUGCUGUAUUUCCGGUAAUCUUGCUCGGAUCAACCUGAAUUUUUCAGAGUGUAUUCUUGAAGUUAUGUAGUUAUGAAAUGUUUUUAAACCACCCCUCCCCUUAAGAAAACUGAAAGAAAGACUUAUAAAUAAGGGUAAAAGAAAAAAUAGUGGAACCGUUAUAAUAAUGAGAUUAAGAAAAAUUUGAUUAUCCACUUUUGUAAGUAGCCCAAACUUUCUAAAAAAUUGUCUCUCAUCCUUAUCAUCAAGAAAAUCUAGUAGAUAAGCCCAAAUUAGUUAUUGACUGCAAUUAUAGAAUGUGUGGUGUUGAUAGGCAAUGUUAACACCUCCAUUACUUUCCCAUGGCUAGAAAGAGGGGAAAGAAAUAUUAUUAAAAACUAUCUUUCAUUCAUUAGAUAUAGCGGUGUGGAAUGCUUUUGUACUUUAUAAGAAAAAUGGUGACCAAAAGAACAGAUUCGAAUUUCGUUAGAUACUAAUAGAAAAAAUAUUGGAAAGUUUCACCAGACUGCCAAAAAAUGAAGAUUUACUAAUUAAGCCGUAACUUACGGAGAGCCAUUUUCCAGAAUAUGUACCACCUAUGAAAAAAAGCUGCUCCAUGUAGGACCUAUGCCAUUUGCUGCAGUAAAAGGGAUGAAAAAGAAAAGAAUAUAAAAAACGAGACAAGGUAUUACUGCAGAAAUAAUUACAAUUAUUGUAAAGUAGGACUAGGUGCUGUAUCUUGUGUUAUGAUUUACCAUACGAGAUUGAAUUUUCAAAAUAAAACUUUUUUGAUUUUUAUUUAUACCCUUGCUAUACCUAAAAUGUUUUUUAUGCAUGAAUAUUAAAUUUUCUAAAGUAAAAAUACUUUAAAAAAUAUAUUUAAUUUAAUAAAUUAAAAAUAAUAUAUAUAUUUUUAAUACGCACCUGUCACGAAAAAUACACGUACGCCCCGUAAAAUAUUUUUUUUAAAUUAUUUUACUUGCAUAAUAGAAUGAUGAAAUAAAAAGUGGAUCAAUUUUUUAGAGUAAUCUCGAAAUUAAUGUGUGCAUUAAUCGUUAAUAAAAUGGAAGGAGAUUAUUUUAAUUUAUACUUUCUAAAAGUAUUCCCUCAUUAUGAUUAUAUAAAAAUACUCAGUUUGAGUUUUCAUUUGACGCCAUAUUUUGUCAACAUUAUAUUCAGAUAUAAAAGUUUAUGAAUCGAAAGAUACCGAAUGUUUUUGGUAGCUUUUACUAAACGCAUUUGUUUCGUUAUAUAAGACACAGCUGCUUCCACUGACUAUAUCAUCUGUUUACGUUGAUUUUUGUUUUGUUUUUAUACUACUGGUCUUCCAUCCUUAUCCAUUGAAUAAUUAUGCGUAGUUUAAAACACAACAAUAAUAUGCAAUAAGAAAAGAUAAAAUCUUUCUCGAAAAGCAGAAAACAAUGGUCUAUUAAAAGAAUAUUGAAAAUAGCUACAUGUAUGUAAAUGUAUUUUUACAUAUCAAAAAGAGUAACUAUUACUACUUUUGCACAGCCAAAGUAUCUCUUAAAACUACAAAGUCGGGUAAAGGCGAUGAUACGUUAUCUAUGUUUUCUUUUUGUGUAAAAAAUAUUUUUACACGGUUAUUGUUGCUCUGAUGCCUUGUUAAACAGUUUAAGUGAAUAGAACUAAGUUAAAGUAUGAUUGUUGAUUAUUAGUGUUGCUAUUGAAUUGUAUUUGUUUAAAGAUAUAAAAAAAAUGGUGGUAACAGGUUUAAAAAUUGCAUGAAAAUAACUGAUAUAAAUAGUAACUAUCUACAGCCGGCUCCAACUCUUACUUGCUGGGGAAUGAGCCGCAAAUUCAGAAGUUGCCUACCCUAUCAGGAAAAUAGUUAAUAUAUAUAUAUAUAUAUAUAUAUAUAUAUAUAUAUAUAUAUAUAUAUAUAUAUAUAUAUAUAUAUAUAUUUUUACGCAUCAAACCCAGAUUUAGCCGUACGGCACUCACUCACUCUAGGGGGAAAAUUCACUCAUCCCAGAUACCUAGGGUAUCAAAAGGAUUGAGUUCUGGUAGGACUUUUUCCGUGUUAUUGAGCCCUAGGUGACUUGGUAUGCAGCAUUAUCUCCCAAAACGUUUCGUACACAUCUAACCAUCGAGAGUAGUAUAGCUUUCUGCAUGCUCUUAUACGAGAUGUUCAUUCAGACCCAUCUUUUUUUUUAUGUUUUCUAGGAGGUUCUUCGGAAUUACUGCAAUAGUAGAGACUAUAAUAUAUUAACAUAGACCGAGCAUACCGGCCGAUAGUGCUACACAAUGGGUGCGUUCGGACGACCACAGCGGCUGGACAGCUGAGCCAGCAGUAGCUGUCAGACGUCACCGCUGGAAGUCAGCCGCUAAGAGAUUUACUAAGCUUUCCCUAUCACGGCUGGAUUCAACCACUCGGCCGAUUUCUGCUGACAGUCAGCCGCUAUGGUCGUCCGAACGCACCCAAUAUCUACGGUUGUUCGAUCUACCUCUCUCUAGCGCAUUGAAACUCCUUACCCUUUCUCUCCCACCAAAAAUAGACGCCGCUGUAAUACGUACCUACUUGAUGUAAGUAGUGUGAUACAAUGGAUAUCCUAAGUCUUGACGUCACAAAAUUGGGAGGAGCUUAUAUUUGACUCCAAAAAAAUGUUGUUUAUAAGGUUAAACACUCAUAAGGAAUUUUUCAUUUAUUGUUUACGUGGUUUGUGUGACAAAAUAAGACUUUUCAUUUAGGUAUUUAGUUAAAGAAACGUGUCAGUUAAGAGAUUUUUAUUCGUUUUUGCUCAGGUGAGUUAAUUUAAUGCAAUGAUUAGAACGUAGACAGUUUUGAGGUUAUGUUUAUUUUCAACCACUAACGAAUAAAAACCUCUUAACACGUUUCUUUAAAGAAAUACCUAAAUGAAAAGUCUUAUUUUGCCACACAAAGCACAUAAAUGAAAAAUUCCUUAUGACCAUUUAACGUUACAAACAAAUUGUUUGGAGUCAAUCUAAGCUCCUCCCAAUUUUGUGACGUCAGACUUAGGCUGUCCAUAAGUUUUCCUCCAACACCAAAUUGUUCUUUAUGGUUCACGUCGCGUUUGGGGGGGGGGGGGGAGAUGAGGGAGAAGUCGGUAAAUUAGUAGUUUUUUAUGUUUUUCGUCAAUAUUUCUAUGUAACUAUGCGGUGUAGCGUGAACAAUGUUCUAUACAAAAAUAUUCUACAUUAUGUAGUUUUUUACGUUUUUCGUCAAUAUUUCUAAAGCUAUGCGGUUUAGCCUGAACAAUGUUCUACAUUGAAUUUUAAACAAAAAAGGUCCUAUGCAUAAUUGUUCUAAAAUCGACGGUUCCGGAGGGUGUAAAGUGGAGGUUUUCCAUGUUUUUAAUAUUUUUUGGGCAAAUUAUAAAAUUAUUGCUAAGGAAACUAUUUUUUUAACAGGAUUGUGUUUUCUAAAUUUAAUUUGCUAUUUCAGUGGCCGGUUGUAUGUUACCGAUAAGCCCUUGAAGGAACGUCAAUCUUACAUGUAUACCCUCCUGUAAUUUCUAUAUGUACACCCUCCGUAACUUGGGAACCAUUCAGUUUAGAAGGAUUAUGCAUAGCACCUUUUUGUUUCAAAUUUAAUGUAGAACAUGUAACUUUUUACGAACAAUAUGUGGACCAUAUAGAACAAUUUGGUGUUGAAGGAUAACUUUCACUUUGGAUGUCUGGGUUUGUGUCUAGUUAUACCGUACUAAAGGCAGAUACACAAUGAAUACAAAUACAUACAAAGAAGUGUCGUCACAGCACUACAGACUGCUCAGUCUAUGUGAAUACAGUAAAGCCUCCUUUAACCGAAAUAAUCACGAAAUAAUUGGGGGGAGGCCAUUUCGGAUAACAAGAAUUUCAGUUAAAAAUAACAUUAUUUUUUGUAUUCUUCUUCUAUUAAAUUAUAUAGUAUUGGAGAGAUAUAGCUGCAAAACAUCGUUGUCAGAGGAAAACACAAAAGAAAAGAGAAGAUUUCUUUAAAAAAACACUCUAAACAUUUUCAUUUUCCUUAAUUUUAUUGUUUUUUGUUUAAUUUACUUUUUAUUGACGAAAUUCUUGAAACUGUCAGCCAUUUCGGUUAAACAAUGGGUGCGUUCGGACGACCACAGCGGCUGGACAGCUGAGCCAGCAGUAGCUGUCAGACGUCACCGCUGGAAGCCAGCCGCUGAGAGAUUUACUAAGCUUUCCCUAUCACGGCUGGAUGCAACCACUCAGCCGAUUUCUGCUGGCAGCCAGCCGCUAUGGUCGUCCGAACGCACCCAAAGUCUUGUUUUGGUUAAAAAGGUUUCGGUUAGCGGAGGUUUUACUAUAUAUACGUCUAUGGUACCACCACCGUCGUCAUUAAGAGCAUAUUUAUUUUUGCAGGAGACUUUUUUUCCCCUGUACUAUUGAAGUUUUUAGCAGUUUUAAAUGAAAUAUUGCAAAUUCUUACCGGAAAAGCUUGUUGUUCACAGCUGAAAUAACAACUUAUAUCUUCAUAACAUAUUUGUGGCUCUUGACUGUCAUAUGUAUCAUAAAUAUGAGAGAUAACUUGUUAAUACAAUUAAAAAACAUUUUCUUGUACAGAUUCUUCCGAAAAGAAAAAUAUAUAUAGUAUCUGUUCAUGUAUUCUUUGUCAAAACCUUUCUGGUAGUCCCCAAAACGCAUGUUAAGUCAACAUUUCGUAUAUAUGUAUAAAAGAAGUAAUCGUUUCCUUUAUAUAUGUGGUCGCAAGUUAGUCCUAGAAGACAGUCAAAGAACAUUUUUUCCUUAAACCCCAUUUUGUUGGCAAAUAUGCUUGCCUUGUUAGAUAAAUUAGAAAAUGGUUUUAAGCUUUUCAAACCUUCCAAGCUUAUGUAUAGAUUUGUUUAUUUAAUAAAUAUUUCUGUUUAUUAAUAUUAUAAAUGAUAUUUUAUUUUAAUAUCAUAAAAUAUCGCAAUACUACACGCUUAUUUUUAUUUCGAUUUUGUUUAACCUGCCGUUUCGAAUUUUCAUUAUCACUAAGAAUUGGUAAAAAAAUGUACCUACAUGGUAUAAAUAAAGUGUGUUUUAUUAUUUUAGUUCUAUCUGCUUAAACUGAUUUUUGGGGAAAACGAUUUCCCGAUUAUAUUGCUAUUUUUGGUAGUUAGUAGAUAGGGAAUUUGUAAAUAAGAUUAUUAUCUAGUAGAUGUUUAAGUAUUAGUUGAAAAUGAUUUAUUAAUAAUAAAUUGGAUAUUUUAUUU